AUGAGUCUUAGCUUCUCGAGACGGUACUGGGUCCAGCUCGACGCGGAAUUGCACAAGAGCAACGGGCGGAUUAAGCAUGAGUUUCACGAAGUUAAGAGCGGGCCGUUCCAGGCCAUCGUCGUCGAUUCAUGUCAGGCGAACGACGAGAACGUCCGGUCAAAAUCUAGUCCAUCCACUAACUAA